AUGUCCGACAUCAUCGCCUGGCUGGUCCCUACGGCACGCAACUCGAUCGCCGAUAAGACAACCUACCUCGCCUGCAACAUCUCCCGUACCGUCCAAACAACAUCCUCAGAAACCCUCACAUCCCGCCUUCCAAACCUCCUCGGCAGCCGUCCCUCCCGCGCCAUCAAGCUCUCCUUCGACUCACCACCCAAACGUCCAGGCUCUUUCGUUCUAGGCUCUGACCCAUCCAAGUGCGAUGUCGUACUUCCCACAAUGCCAGGAAUCGACGCACGACACUGCGAGUUGAGCUUCGAUGCUGAAGGUCGUCUUGUACUGAAUGACUAUUCACAAGCGGGAACUCAAGUCUGGUAUGAUUGGGAGAGUAACGGUGAUCAGACGGAUUAUACCUGGAUCCUCAGCUCGGGUGCGCAGACGGGAUUUCCGAGUAUGGUGCAACGCAUUACAGUUGAUAUUCAGGGCGUGAGAUUCCAGGUCGUCGUUAAUGAUCAUUCCGACGACUGGGACGCUUAUCACGAUAAAGUCGAGGAUUUCGUUCGACAGCCUGCUUGGUCGCAGGGUCUUUCUGCUGGAUGGGAUCGAGGAUCGAUCACCCCUGUUGCGCCGCUCUUUUCCAACGCUCCUCUCUUUCAGCAUAUCCUCGUCAAGGCAUUGGGCGAAGAGCCCGUGGGAGAAGUAUACCUGUGGAAUCUGGCUCGACCUUGGGAGCCUAUGGUCAAGGCUGCCGCAUAA